AUGGCACACCAAAGGUGCCAUACAAGGGGGGAACCCUUAAUAUGCUCAUGGUGUGACAAAAGCUUCAGGCAUAGCUCAGUCCUUACAGCACAUGAAAGAGUUCACACAGGAGAAAAACCAUAUACAUGUGAAGAAUGUGGAAAGCGUUUUUCUCAGAAGUCAAACCUUACUACACAUUCAAGAAUCCACACAGGAGAAAAACCCUUUCAAUGCUUGACCUGUGGAAAAUGUUUCAAUACGAGUUCAAACUUUUCCAACCAUAGCAGAAUUCACACAUGGGAGAAACUCUAUAAAUGUGUAGAAUGUGGAAAGGGCUUCACCGAAAGCUCAUCUCUUAUUACACACCGACGAAUUCACACAGGAGAGAAACCCUAUACAUGUCAAGAAUGUGGAAAGAGCUUUUCUCAGAAAACAUCACUUAUUAAUCAUGAAAGAAUUCACACAGGAGAGAAACCCUAUACAUGUCAAGAAUGUGGAAAGAGCUUUUCUCGGAUGGAAUCCCUUACUACGCAUGAAAGAAUUCACACAGGAGAGAAACCCUAUACAUGUCAAGAAUGUGGAAAGAGCUUUUCUCAGAAGCCAUCCCUUAUUAAUCAUGAAAGAAUUCACUCAGGAGAGAAACCGUUUCAAUGCUCAACAUGUGGAAAAUGCUUCAGGGGUAAUACAGCUCUUACCAGACAUGAAAGAAUUCACACAGGAGAGAAACCCUAUCAAUGUUCUGGGUGCAGUGAAACAUUCCGUUACAGUUAUCAGCUUGUGAGACAUCAAAGAACUCAUACACGGGAGACUCCUUAGAAAUGUUCAGUAUGUGAGGAAAUGUUCACUUGCCUAGCAAACCUUGCAAUACUUUAG